AUGGAGAAAGUGGUGUACAGAAUCAAUAUUGCGGUUCAGUCCGCGAAUGUUGGUGAGGCAGCGAAACAGAAUUUGCUUUCUGCCGAAAAAGUUGUGGAUAUGCCACCCAAGCGCAUUGCACCAUUCCGAAUACCGGAAACACUUUUAAAUCAUGCCGGUCUUAAUCAGGCGAUCGAAAGCACACUUCCCUCCAACUACAACUUUGAGAUACACAAAACCAUUUGGAGAAUUCGAUGUCUCCGUGCAAAACGUGUGGCCCUUCAGUUACCCGAAGGACUUCUUAUGUUCGCCCUGCCUAUCGCCGAAUUAUUGCGUCGCUUCACUCCUCUGUUCAAUGACCCUGAGAAAAUGGAUCAAGAUAAUCCCGACCGAGAACCAAUAGUUCCGGAUAUUGUGAUUAUGGGUGAUGUAACUUACGGAGCUUGUUGUGUCGAUGAUUACACAGCUAAAGCUCUGGGUGUGGAUCUACUGGUUCAUUACGGACACAGCUGCUUGGUUCCAUUGGAAUCACCGUCUGUUCUGUAA